AGGAACACCUUCCAAAACACCCCAAGCUGUAUCCCAAGCCAUUCUCCAUCGAUCUGUCUCUUCUCUAUAUCCUGCUGCGAGAUAGGAGGAAUCGAAUUUCUCUCUCGCUGAGGUUCCUUCACUUCCAGUAUGGAGAUGAAUCGAGAAAAACUGUGUACCAGUAAGGCUGAUGUGAGCUCAGAUUCUGCUUAUCAUUGCUCAACAUGUCAUGAUGAUGAGGAGUGGAGCAGUACUAGCCGGGGACGAGCUAAGUCACGAAGUUUGUCUGCUUCACCAGCCCUAGGAAGCACCAAAGAAUUCCGGAGAACACGCUCUUUGCAUGGACCAUGCCCAGUGACCACAUUUGGACCAAAGGCCUGUAUGCUGCAAAAUCCUAAAACGAUUAUGCACAUUCAGGAUCCAGCAAGCCAGAGGUUGACAUGGAACAAACCUCCCAAGAGCGUCCUUGUUAUUAAAAAGAUACGUGAUGCCAGUCUGCUGCAGCCUUUUAAAGAGCUUUGUGUGUAUCUUACUGAGGAGAACAAUAUGAUAGUGUAUGUAGAAAAAAAAGUAUUAGAAGACCCCGCUAUAGCUAAUGAUGAUAAUUUUGGACCAGUGAAGAAGAAAUUUUGCACCUUCAGAGAAGAUUAUGAUGAUAUCUCCAAUCAGAUAGACUUUAUCAUAUGCCUGGGAGGAGAUGGGACCUUACUUUAUGCUUCUUCGCUUUUCCAGGGUAGUGUACCUCCAGUUAUGGCUUUUCAUCUGGGAUCCCUUGGAUUUCUUACUCCAUUUAAUUUUGAGAAUUUUCAGUCCCAAGUCACUCAGGUUAUAGAAGGCAAUGCAGCGCUUGUUCUACGAAGCAGGCUGAAGGUGAAAGUAGUAAAAGAGCACAGAGAGAAAAUGACAGUACAAAAUGGUAUAGAAGAAAAUGGAGUAGUGUCUACAAAUAUGGAGAAGGAAGUGGGCAAGCAAAUUAUGCAAUAUCAGGUCCUAAAUGAAGUUGUAGUGGAUCGUGGUCCUUCUUCUUACCUUUCCAAUGUAGAUGUCUUUCUAGAUGGACACCUGAUAACAACAGUGCAAGGAGAUGGAGUCAUUGUCUCCACGCCAACUGGUAGCACUGCAUAUGCAGCUGCAGCAGGAGCUUCUAUGAUUCAUCCAAAUGUUCCUGCCAUAAUGAUCACCCCCAUCUGCCCUCACUCAUUGUCUUUCAGACCUAUUGUUGUUCCUGCUGGAGUGGAACUCAAGAUUAUGCUUUCCCCGGAUGCCAGAAAUACAGCAUGGGUUUCAUUUGAUGGAAGGAAGAGGCAGGAAAUAUGCCAUGGAGACAGUAUUAGCAUCACUACCUCUUGCUAUCCCCUUCCUUCGAUCUGUUUCCGAGAUCCUGUGAGCGACUGGUUUGAAAGCUUGGCUGAAUGUUUACACUGGAAUGUUCGGAAGAAGCAAAAUAACUUUGCUGUUGAAGAAGAAGAAUUUUGAGUGUCUACAUCUAACAAGACUCACGGGAAUGGAAAGUAGCAGUAUCCCUUCUAUAUGCUUGGAUUUUUAAGUUUUUGGCUAACAAGUGUGGUCACCAUCUCAGAUGUACAUAGUGAUUAUAGUUUAUAUCUGUCUGAUCUGCUGAUGGCUGGAAGUUGUGCUAUUUCUUGUCCACCAAGAGUAGGAAUGGAAGAAAUUAGGCUCUGAUUGUUGUAAUCUGGUGUGAAUUUCCUUCAAAUGAGCAAUCUGAAAAUGGAUUAUUUCUGAUUGGUAUUGACAACCACAUCUGUAGAUUUGGUUGUAACCUGUAACUUACCAAUCACAUGGUAGGCUGAAUGUAGAUACAUAAUAGAAAAGUGGCAUUAAAAUACUCCGUUUAAUUUGGUAUAUUUGUAAUUCCAUUUAAGACUGCUAUGCAUAUAAAGGCUCUACAAAAUCUUCUUUUUAAAAAAAAAAAAAAAGCUCCUGUUUGUUAGCUUAAAUAUGUGUUGCCCAGAAGAGCUCCCCAUCAAGACAGCGCUUAAAAUACUUUCUCCUUACUUGUGAAUGUGACACAGUGUGAAGAAACACCCAUGAAGAAUGUUUUUUAUUAAUAGAUGGAACUAGUAAAAAAAAGUAUUUUUUUUUUAAUAUAUAUACAUAUAUAUGUAUCUUAUGCCCAUUUGAGCAGUGUUUGACCCUUGGCUGUCAUCACUGUGUAAACAUCCACAAAUAGCAUGGACAAGCAUUAGCAUGGACUUGGUUGUUACAGUGAUCUCCGUUUUUGUAGCUGAGCUAGGUCAUAGCUCUGCAGUUCCUGUUGGUGGGAAUCAUCAGUGUGGUGUUUUUUCUUAUUACUUUUGUUUGAUUCUCUGGAAUAAAUGGUACCAUAAGAGACUGUAAAGUAAAAAAGAAAAAAAAAUUCUCCAAAUGUUCAAGAAGAAUCUGGACUUCAGUUACUACUGUAUUGUCUAGUUCCACUAUUGUCUUGAAGAAAAGAACAUCCUAUACGAGGCCCUGAGUGCCCUCAACUUCCAUAGAUACCUUCCAACUCUUGGUGCUGAGUAAUACAGAAAGGGAUACUGCAUUGGUAGGCUGAUAAAUGAGAGGACACAUUCCCAGUAGAGUAGCAAUGGUGCCUUCAGCACACUCAAGAUAUUCUAAGUCUCGUAUUUACUUUUUUAAGAUGCUUUCAAAUGUUUCUAACUUCUCUAUGUACAUAUUUUAUUGUAUGUGCUUUUAUGAAAGAAAAAAAAAACAAAAAAUCCAACAGAAAAACUAGUUGGGGAAAAAAGGGUUUGUACUGUACUUUAAAUGAAAAAUAUCAAACCCAAGUAUAAUGUUUACAUUUAUGUUCUCUGUGGUGCAGUCUCAUGAUCAUACUAUCCAAACUUUAGCAUUUUCAGAGUCUUGCUGCAUUGGUCAUUAAAAGAAUGGAUGUUAUCUGUUAAACUUCAGCCUACGGCAUAAUAUUGUGGAGGAAUUAAUUUACUGAUGAAGGUGGGAUUUCCUUGAAAGUGGAGUGAGAAGCUCUGUUGAACUUUUCAUGAUUGUCUUAUGUUGUUUAUGUGGUCCAAAGUGGUAAUGGGAAAUGUAUUAAUUUCCAAACUCUGCCUAACCUGCUGUCCUCUGAUGGUUUAAAUGAUAUCUCUUCCAUUUUGGAUGCUGCCCUAGUCUGUCUAAUUUUAUUAAAUCCAGGUGAGAGCACUUUUCCAUAAAAGAGAAGCAAACUCUUGAUUAAUGAUACAAAUCACAAUGAAAAUGUGUUAAUAUAAAUUAAUACUGGGUUUGUAAAUUUUGUAAAAUAGAAUAUUGGUUUGAUUUGGUCUAAAUAGACAAAUUUUGUGAUAUCUUGGAGAAUAUCCAGAUAGCUUUUGGAAUUUAUCUUUCACUUGAAUCUGCAGUAAUUGUUUUAUCACUGUUUUGAAGCUGCUUACGGGUUUCCUAGGUGGAGUAUUCAGUUAUUUAAUAACUGUUUACUUUUUGAACUAUAGAAGUGUCGGACUAUUUGCUUUGAAACUAUUUUAUUUAAACAUGCAAUAAUUGAGAAAAGGAACAGGGUAUAGUGGCUAUAUAAAUGUAUUGUUAAGUGGAAAACAAGCAGAAUACUAGGCACGCUAGGAAUUGGAAAUCAUUUUGUGGAGGUGAGGCGAAAUGAUUAAUGAGCCUUAUCUAGUAUUUUUUUAAAGAUAAAACUAUAUUCAGCACUUUUUAUUUAUGCUUUUUAUAAUAGUAAAGCUAUUAUUGACUAAAUUGCCGAACUUUAAUUUUCAGAGUGCAUAGUUCAUGAAAUCUGUAAUCAAAACUUACCUAACUACUUUCUCUAGAUUAGAUCUAGAUCUAGAUUAGGAGUUGUCUUUAAAUUUAUCAUGUACUGCAAUUGCAUUACUGGCUUUGAGGCUUCUGCAGUUUUGCUUGUGCAAGUAUUCCCACUUGAUAACAAUCUUAUUUGGAUCACUGAUCAGCCAAGUAGAAAGCUACAAUUACUGACUAAAGGAAAGAAAGUCACAUGAUGACUUUAGUCUUUGCUUUUUCUUCAAAAAGCUGUGUUUAUUAUAAUUGUACUAGCUGCUUUACAUCAAAACACAGCCCAAAUUGUGUUAAUACAUUACAAACUUGUCUAACUGUACAAAGUCCCUUUUCAAGGCCUUUAAUCUGCAAACCAGCAAUUCACAAGCAGGCUAGUGAGGUUUAAACAGCACUCAAGUUUUGCAUAUUUAACUGCUUUAAGUGUGGGUAACUUUUGUUCAAACCACAGCUGAACCAGAAAAAAAGCUGUAAUGCAGACUUGGUUAUAUUGGCAAUAAAAGCUCAUUUUGCUGAUGUAGCUUACUCAAAGUAACUUGUUUAAACUGUACUAGUAAAAUAGGUUUUUGCUGAUGAAGAGCAGUGUUUCUAAUAUAAGGGUUUGUAAAUGUCACUGUACCUACAAAUCCUUUCCACUCUACAAAGGGCCAAAAUGGAAGCUUGGAAAUGAAUUUUUUUUUUUUAAAGUUAUUCUCUAGUAGAGAGUUUAAGAAGUUACUAACAACUGAUGUAGUAUGGAAUAAAGCAGUGUACUGAAUUUCUAAAAGAGGAAAAAUCCUGUUACAUAUUGUUAAUGCUUUGAAAACUUGUUUUAAAUAUUGUUGAAAACAAAUAUUUUUCAAUCCUUUCAAUAAAAUCUUUUUGUAAAGUUGGA